AUGGGGGUAGUUGAACUCAAUGGAACUGAGCCUUUCGUGGUUGUCGGGACGGGUCCCAAAGACGAUGACAAAGUAGGCAGAGGUCCCAAAGAACUGGUUGAUACCGGGAUUGGUCCAAUAGAGCUGCUAGAAAUAGGUAAAUUAUUGGUUGAAGACGACGACGGUCCAUUGGUAGAUGUGGAAGAGAUUGGAGCUCGACUGGUCGAUGAGAAAACGGGAGUUGAAGGUCUCUUGGAUCCCCUGCGACUGUGUCGGCCAUGUCGAGUAUUUCUGCGGCCGAAAUCCGGACGGCGAUGA